GGAUAACCCGGAAGUGAACACCGUGCAUGUUUUCGUACGAAGAAAGUGUUGACAAACAACGCUUUUUCACAACUUUGAUGUCAAUUUAAUGAUUAUCUAAUAUUCAUUGAAAUUUUCAUGCAUCAACAAAUCAUGAUGCUGCUUCUCAUCUUCAUCUGCUGUGUGGUGUCUGUCUUGGCAAGAUUUGAGUUCAGUGCCGACACCUCUUUGAAAGACUUCAGUUUCCAGAAAAUUGCCAUGGACAAAACAUCAAAAACUGAUCAUGAAAUAUUUGUUGCUGGAACAAACCGACUCUAUCGCUUGGAUGCCAACUUGUCUUUGGUGGAGGAGUUUGUUACUGGCCCUCAGUGGAAUAAUCCAGAUUGCCCCGCACCGCCAGCAAUUUGUAGCAAACCUUUAAAACUCAUGAACAAUGACCCAAAGAUUCUCGCAACUGAUGACAAAACAGGGUCUUUGCUCUUUUGCGGAUCUGUCCACCAGGGUUUGUGUACCCGACACAGCGUGAAGAAUAUUACAAACGCAUCAGUAUUUGAUGGGAAGAUUCUUUCUAAUCUUGCAGGAGGAAGUCUUGCUAGUAUUGGCUUCUUUGCUCCAUGGGUAUGUAAUACAGAUAACAAAACCUAUAAUAUCACUCUCACCGCAUUCUUUGUUGCCAUGACAUAUGACUCUAGACCAAAUGACUUUUUCCCAAAAGCAAUUUCAUCCAGGCGUUUAAGAUCUGCAGUAGAUCAAGGCUUCUAUUUGCAGUACCUCGGAAUGAAUGCUGCAUUCAGCAAGUACUCAGGAGUUGAUAUUCAUAAAGAUUACAGAAGUUCUUUCAUUGUGAAUUACAUUCAUGGAUUUGAAAAUGCAGGGUUUAUUUAUUUCCUUGCUGUUCAACAUGACUUGGAAGAUAUGGAGGAGUAUUAUACCACUCUUAUUCGCAUCUGUGCCUGUGAUCGGGAAUUCAUUUCUUAUACAGAGGUUCCAUUAUCAUGUUCUAGUCCUAGUACAGGCGAGGAUUAUAAUGUGGCGACUGCAGCAUAUCUUGGUGACCCUGGUGCAGAUUUGGUCCAAAAGACAGGAAGUAAAGACAAAACAUUAUUUGUGACGUUUGGUCGAAAUAGUUCAAAGGGACAGGUCCCAGACCCUGGUCGAGGUUCAGUGAUCUGCGGCUACACAAUGAGUAAAAUCGAAAUAGAAUUCCAAGAUGCACAGGCUGGUUGCUACACUGGACGAGGACGGAUACUAAAGUGGAUUGAGAAGUAUGAAAGUUGCAAAAUUGAUAACAACCUGUACAAUGUGAUAAGAAACGAUCGAAGAUUCUGUGGGAAUUCAAAGAACAAAGCCAUUGGAGGUGUCCGAGCGAUUGCCUCAAAUGUUAAAGUAGAAACUUCACAGUUUCUGACUGCCAUUGCUGUUGUGACAUAUCCACCAGUUACUAAGACUUUGACUGUGGGAGUCCUUGGAACCAGCCAAGGAAAGAUGCUGAAGCUGAUCCUAAAUGGUACCCAGAGUAAACCUUAUGCAAAUAUACCCCUUGACGUUUCAUCUAACGAACCAAUCGGCAGAAGUCUUGUUGUUGACAGCAAGGAGGAAUCGGUUUAUUUCCUAUCGACGAGAAAGGUCGUGAAGUUCCCUGUUCAUAGUUGUGGCAUUUACAAUGAGUGUUCGAUAUGUGUAACAUCGGGAGAUCCCCUCCAUUGCGGCUGGUGCCGUGGCAAAUGUACGACUGAAGAACAAUGCGCAGCUACUGGACUCAGAGCUGAUUGGUCAACAGACAGCUGUAAGCCUGUCAUGUAUGACUUCACACCAAAAGCCGGUCCGUUCCAAGGAGGUACUGAGCUUGUGAUACGUGGUAACAGCUUCGGUUAUGAGGCAAAGAUUAGUAUUGAAAUUGGCGGCGUUGUGUGUGCAGUGCAGUCCAAGAGCAACAGAGAGGUGUCAUGCAUUACAGGUGCUGUUAAACAUCCAUUUGAGGGGGACAUCAAAAUGGAGGUGAUUGAUCGCACAAAGACUGUCUUUAGUUACAUCAUUGAAGGGAGGAUAUCCUCAUCUGAGAUGAUAUCAAAUGGAGUUAAGAGGUUUCUGUACCAGGAACCUGCUGUGACUGGUGUCCAUCCACCCCACGGGCCAAUGUCAGGAAACACUAACAUCACCAUCACUGGACACAUGUUGGAUAUUGGCUCCAUCAUUCAAGUUUUUAUCGGGGAGAACACUUGUAAGCAAAUCAGAGAGGCCUCAAAUUCUACUCAUAUUGUAUGUGCCACUCAGAAAUGGAUCAAUAACACUGGAUUGCCGACCAUUGUCAAGCGAUCAGCCGCGCCAGUGAUGGACACAUUACCAAUCAGGAUCAAGAUAGAUGGCGCCACCAUUAAAACUGGUUUCGUCUUCAGCUACACAGCUGAUCCAGAGGUGUAUGACAUUUUCCCAAGAGAAAGUAUGAUUAGUGGUGGACGAGAUAUAACAGUCAAGGGAAAGUAUCUUGAUGUGGUGCAGGAUCCAAGGUUGGGGAUCUUGAUGAAUGAGCUGAAACCAGAUGGAGAGCCUGAUGUCCAGUCAUUUCUCUCCCAUUGCACAGCAGAAUCAACUGGUGAAGUCAUGGUGUGCCCGAGUCCAAAAGUGAAAAAACCGAAUGACACCAGACCUCUGAUGGGUAGCAUUUGGCUCCUCAUGGAUGGUGUAGCCAAGUUGCGUGAUUUAGCCUCAUCUAAUCCUAGUAUAAGUCAGAUGAUGUAUUUCCCUGAUCCUGUUUUCUUCAAGUUCAAGGAGACACGUUUAUUUGAUUUGGAUUCUGAGACACAUCUACAAAUCCAGGGUAGAGAUCUGACCACAGCAAACACCAAAGAUGAUGUUGCGGUAGUUCUAGGUAAUCAUGGCUGUAAUGUUACAGAACUGAGUGAUGUGCUUCUGAAGUGUACGCCACAGAAUAAACCCCAGACCAUUAGUGAGAAUGAACCAAAUCGCAAAGUUGAGGUAUAUGUUGGCAAUUUGCAAUAUGAUAUUGGAGCAGUGAAAUAUGUGGAUAAUUCAGUGACAUUGCCUCUUCCUGUUUGGGCCAUCAUCAUCAUCGUCAUCAUCCUCCUCCUCCUGAUAAUCAUGAUCGUCGUCUUGGUCCUGGUACUGAGGCGGAAGAAGUAUAAGAAGAAGAGGACGCCGUCUGGUGGUGCUGGGUAUUCUACGCGAGAAGAAAGAGUCAUGUUCACAAGGUCAGGUGGUGAUGAUAAUGAUUACAUCACUCCAAAUAAAGCCGCUGGAUCAGCCAGGAAGAAAUAUGAGCUGGAUGAAGUCACAAGUAUGCUGAUUGAGUCCAUAUUGAUAAAGCCGGAGGACUUGCAUAUUGAAGAUGUCAUUGGAGAAGGUCACUUUGGAUGCGUGAUGAAGGGUUACUUGUAUGAAGAUGGCAACAAAGAAGACCGAACAGUUGCUGUCAAGACAAUGAAGAGCUCUGCUGACGAGGAACAGGACGUCGGCGGCUUUUUAAAGGAAGCAUUGAUCAUGAAAGAUUUCCACCAUCAGAAUGUUCUCCAGCUGAUUGGUGUUUGCAUUGAAGAAGAUGGCACGCCGUUAGUUGUACUGCCAUUCAUGGCUCAUGGUGAUCUGCUCUCUUUUAUCAGGAACGAAAAGAAUAAUCCUACUGUUAAAGAUCUGAUUGACUUUGGCAUCAGUAUUGCUUCUGGAAUGAACUAUCUCUCCCAACUGAAGUUUGUGCAUCGUGAUCUGGCUGCAAGGAACUGCAUGUUGGGUGACAACAAUGUGGUGAAGGUGGCCGACUUUGGCUUAGCGAGAGAUAUUUAUGAACAAUCGUACUACAAGUCCAGUGACCAGAAGAUGAGGCUGCCUGUGAAAUGGAUGGCGAUAGAAUCAUUUGAGAAGAAUGCAUUCAGUACAAAAUCCGAUGUGUGGGCAUUUGGUAUCGUAAUGUGGGAGUUGCUGACACGAGGGGUGACACCAUACCCCGAGGUCGAUAACUGGGAUAUCUUGAGAUACCUUAGACAAGGACGGCGUCUGCCACAGCCUUCAUUCUGCCCUGCUCCUCUGUACGACAUCAUGAUGGAGUGUUGGUCAAGGAAUCCUGAAGAUCGUCCUACAUUUGAAGAUAUCGCUCGAGAUAUCAAGGCAAUGAUCACGAACCUGGAGAAGAAGCAGCAGAAACAAACCAAAGAGCGUGGUAAUAUCUACUAUAACGUGCCAACUUCAGUUACCGAUUAUAUCUACCACGAUGGCAAACAAAACGUAUGAGAGAGAGAUGAUUCAGAAUGAAGUCCAGCUUUUUAUAGUAUUGAUGGACUUGAUGACAGGCCAGUCUGACAAUGACAAUCCAAAAAGCAGUAAAAAAUAGGUGCUACGAGUGUUAUUGAUUUUUACACCUACUCGUGCAUGUAUCUUUUCACUGGUUGCUGGACAUGGAAUCUUAUGACUUGACCAUGCCUGUGAAUUGUACAGUUUUUGUGGGUACAUUGGACAGUUGAUUGGGUUAGCUAUUAGGUGAGUGUAAAACGGUACCGGUACUUGCAUUUGUGAGCUUACUAUGACAGGAAACAGUGACAGUAUUAUUAUCUAUUUACAUUGUCUACAUGAUUGUCUAGCUUGUUGGACCAUUGUUGUCUAGUCAAUGUCAAGCAGUGAAGUUUAUUAGGCUUGUUCCAUGUAGUUUGAUUACCAACAGUAUUUCAUAGUUCACUCAAUCCAUUAUUGUAGGUAUAGAAUGAUUUUUGGCUAUGUUUCUCUCAGUGGAGUCGGAGUCAGUAUUUUUUUACGUAUUUGAAGAUGUGAUAUUACAGAAUAUUUCGUCUGGUGCUUCUCAUUUACAAGAAAAUGAGGAUAAUGGUUUGAGACAUUAAUCAAAACUUUAUUUAGCCAAACAGUGAUUAUUCAAGAAAAGUGCUCAUUUUAGAAAUGGUGCUCAAAAACUUGUCAAUGUAAUUUUGUUUGUGUGAUACCUCUUGUUAGUCAAGCAAAUUAUGAAUAUAUUGACAAUGCUCCAUUCUGUUAAAUGCAUUAUACUUCAAUAACCAGAAUAUUGUAUGAUUACUUUUAUUUACAUGUAUGUUAAAUUGUCAUUGAAGUUUGUAUGAGCUUAAUCUUUUUAUUUGCGCGUUUCCAGUGACUCAUGCUGAGGAAAUCAGGGAUUAUAACGUUCCCUUCUCUGGCCCUCACAAAAAUCCUUGAGACAUUUUCCCCCAUUUAUAGGGUUCUUCUGAUUGGUCAAUAGCUGAUUGGAUGUCCCCAGGCCAAAUUCCUGAUUGUGUUAAUUUGCGAAUGGUUUCACAGAGCUCAUUUCGAUUUGAGUGAACAAUUGUGGGCAGAUCAAAAGUUUAACCUACAUGUAUAUAUGUAUCUCCUCUCGGUUGUGUCCUUUUAACAGUGGAGUUCCUUUAACUGACAAAUUUAAUGAAUGAAUGAUUGUAUAUAAUGAUAGAAAAAAAGAAGGCAUUUGAUAUGUGAUAUUGCUAUUCCAGUAUGGUACGAUAUUCAAGACUAUUUGUUAGGCAAUACUCUCAAAGUCUCAUGGACACUUUGUUUACUUCCCUAGGACACAAUAUAUAUGAAAAUGACUAUUUUACUACUUGUAUUGGAGUUGCCUGCUACGAGAGAACAAAUAAGUUAAAACCCACUACAGGUGUUCGUAGGUCAAAGAUUACAUCAGGCCACCAGGAUUGCAGGAAGUUUUCUUGCUUAUUAGUGUACAGGUAGAGCAUUAUCACUGUGUAUGUGUAAAAAACAGGUUACAUUUCUUACAAAGGCUUGAAUUCAGUUUGAAUAAGUUUUAAUUUAGUUUGAUGCAUAAUUUUAAUGUUAAUUGCCAAAUUCUCUAUUCAGAUAUAUUUUUUAUCGAUUUUAUGAUUAAAAUUGAAAAGAGGGAAUAAAAAUUUUGUUGAACUAGGAAUUUGAUUUUGAGAAAAGAUAAAGAAUCAAUUUGAAUAAACUAUAAUUGGAUAUUUUUAUCCUUGCAAUGUGAUUUAUAUUUCACAGUUUUAUAUCAUACAAUACUCCUGCAGACCUGCUCAUCAAAUAUAUUUUGAUAU